GUGUCUACGCGGCCGCGCCGCCUCCUCGCGGCAGCUGUGCAAAGGCGGCAGGAGCCAGCCAGCCGCGAGGGAGGCGUGGGCAUGAAGCCCGCCGCCGCCGAGCCCGGAGCCCGCGCCGCUGCCUAGGGCUCCCGCCGGGCUCCGCGGACUGGUGGGGCUGGACGCGGCCCUGCACUGCGCGGAUGGCCUUGCUCUCGCGGUCCGCGCUUGUCUUCCUGCUCCUUCUGGCUGCCGCUGUCAGGUGCCAGGAGCAGGAUCAGACCACCGACUGGAGGGCCACCCUGAAGACCAUCCGGAACGGCAUUCACAAGAUAGACACGUACCUGAACGCCGCCCUGGACCUCCUGGGAGGCGAGGACGGGCUCUGCCAGUACAAGUGCAGUGACGGAUCUAAGCCUUUUCCACGCUAUGGUUAUAAACCCUCCCCUCCAAAUGGAUGUGGCUCUCCGCUGUUUGGUGUUCAUCUUAACAUUGGCAUCCCUUCCCUGACAAAGUGCUGUAACCAUCACGACAGGUGCUAUGAGACCUGUGGCAAGAGCAAGAAUGAUUGUGAUGAGGAAUUCCAGUAUUGUCUCUCCAAGAUCUGUCGAGAUGUGCAAAAAACACUAGGACUAACUCAGCACGUUCAGGCAUGUGAAACAACAGUGGAGCUCUUGUUUGACAGUGUUAUCCAUCUAGGCUGUAAACCAUACCUCGACAGCCAACGAGCUGCAUGUUGGUGUCGUUAUGAAGAAAAAACUGAUCUUUAAAGAAGAUUCUGACAUUUGGUGGCAAACAAGGAUGGAAGAAUAUAACCUUUGCCAAAAAAAUCUAAUGUUUUCACAGCAUAAGCUGCCUUAUUUUUGUGAAAGGGUCAGUUUAAGACCUUACAAGACUAUAUUUUAACGUUAAAACCUCAGUUAAAAAAAGUGGGGGAGGUGGAACAGAAGGUGUGCCUGUCUUCUCAGCUGUCUUCCUGGACAUUGCUGCCUUGGGCCUUGGUGGACAAACUCUCGCUCAAUCUCAAAAACAGGUAUGUGUUAAGGGAAAAGUUUUGAAAUGAAGAGUAUGUAACUCAAUUUUCACAACUACAUUUACAAAAAAAGAGAGAUCAAAUGUAAAAUUAAUUAUAAGAUCUAUUAAACAUUAUCUUAUUUGGAAAUAUGGGGAAAUCUUCAUUUAAAGGAUUGUUUAUCGUGCCAUUUUAAGUAUACAUUUAUUCCUGGAAGGAACUGACCUUAUUCUUUCUCUAUUUUAAUGACACAUAAUAUCAAUGAGUCAAGCCAGUUACAAGCAGAGUAUUUCCCCAUUUCUCUUAUAAAAUUAGAACUAUCAGCUGGUAACCUCUUAGGAAGAAACCCAGAAUAUCUAAGUAUUCCUUAAUGCCCAGAAGGUAAUGUGAGCAAGGUUCAGAAGCACAGCCAUUCCCAUUUAAUCAACCACUCUUACAACAAAUGUCAUCAUUUACUGUAACCCUUGCCGGAACUGGAGAAAAGAUGGAUUUAAUGAAACAAAUGAAAAGUUGUUUAGCAUAAUACACCAGAGCACUAUAUGCUGUUAUGUUUCAGUGUUUAUUACCUACUUCUUUUUCCUCAUAGUAGACUCUGGAAUAUUUUUAAAAGACUAUAACUUCUACAAACUGUGGUCUUAAUAAAAAAUUAUUCUCCAUA